GUGACCCCGGAUGGAAAGCGGAGAGCGGUAGCGCCUCAUUUCCUGGGAGCGGGACGCAAACGUCUCAGCUUUGGUGGACGAGGAGGGUGAGCUGCGCGCUGCGUCAGGGAGACGCCGUUGUUGCCUGGCCCAGUUCGGCGCCUUUCCUCCAGGCCGCGAGCAGGGCCCCGCUUCUUCCCUCGCUGUAACAGAAGAACAGGCUCUUUAGUUAAUAUGGCUGAGGUAGUAGGGAGAGGAAAGAGAAAGUUUGUUGAAGAAGCUGAUAGCAUAACUGCUAAACGCCCACAUACCGAUUCUCUUGUUGAAAAUGAUGAUAAAACUGCAGAUAAAAAGUGUUGUGAUGAAGGUCAAACAGGAGAUAGAAGCACUCUUCAUCGUGAAAUAAAAACUGAAGAAACUGAAGAGGUUCCUAGAAAAAGAACACAUGCAGAAGCUGUAGCAGCACAUUAUAAUAAGCUUGAAGAGAUUGGAUUGGAACAGCGUAGCAUGAGUCGCAUCUUCUAUCUCCGAAAUUUUAACAAUUGGGUAAAGAGUGUGCUAAUUGGUGAAUUCCUUGAUAGGGUACGACAGAGAAAACAAAACAUUAUGGUGUUAGACUUGGGAUGUGGAAAAGGUGGGGACUUGCAGAAAUGGAGAAAAGGCCGAAUAAGUAAGCUUGUAUGUACAGAUAUUGCUGGCAUAUCUGUGCAACAGUGUGAACAGCGUUAUCAAUAUAUGAGAAAUCGUGGUCGCCAGAAUGAUAGAUUUUUCAAUGCAGAAUUUAUAACUGCUGAUAGUACCAAGGAACUUCUGUCUAAAAAAUACAGGGAUAGCAAUAUAUACUUUGACAUUUGCAGCUGUCAGUUUGUGUAUCAUUAUUCAUUUGAGACCUAUGAGCAAGCGGAUAUGAUGCUUAAAAAUGCUUGUGAGCGACUUUCCCCUGGAGGAUACUUCAUUGGCACAACUCCAGAUAGUUAUGAACUUGUAAAACGCCUUGAAUCUUCAGAAACAAACUCAUUUGGGAAUGAAAUAUAUACUGUAAAGUUUCAGAAGAAGGGAGACUAUCCCUUGUUUGGUUGCAAAUAUGACUUCCACUUGGAAGAAGUGGUUGAUGUCCCAGAAUUCCUGGUUUAUUUUCCACUGAUGGUAGACAUGGCAAAAAAGUAUGGAAUGAAACUAGUCUAUAAAAAAACGUUUCGGGAGUUUUAUGAAGAAAAAGUGAAGAAUGUGGAACAUAAAAUGCUUCUGCAACAAAUGAUGGCAUUGGAGAAAUACCCUCCUGAUGAAGGCUCCAGAUUGGCCUCACAUAUAAAAGAGGAUUAUGAGCAUGCGGAAAUGUUCAAGAAGGAUGGAAAAGCAAAGCUACCUCUUGGAACUCUGAGUAAAUCUGAAUGGGAAGCAACAAGUAUGUAUUGCAAGCAGUGUUUGAAAAUUCCUGGAAUAGUUCACUUAUCUUCAAAUAUCUAUCAAAUAUACAUGUGUUCACUUAGCAGCAUUUCUGCAGUUGUCAUGCUAUUGUGCUAUUAUGAUGAAUUUCUUUAGAAGGAAUAUUUCAUAAAUAAAUCUACAAAGUGCAAUUUUUGCAGAAAAAGACUUCUUAUUCAUAGUAAUAUGUGCAAAUUGAUCAGAGCCUUAUUCAGCAUAGGUACUUAGAUUAAAUUCAUGAGAGUGUAUUUGAAGAUAGCUUGUGAGAGAGUACUGAUCUUGAAAAAAGCUAACUGGGUCAGACUUAAUUAGAAUUUGGAUGAAAGAUCACCAGAGUAUCAGAGGACUAUAGGUUAGACUUUGAAGUAAAAAAAAAACCCACCCAAGAACAAGGAAAUGAAAAUCAUCUUCAUAUUGUUGUCAAGAAAACACUGUGGAUAUAUCCAAGAAAACACUGUGGAUGUAUCCAUGAAGUGACCAGGAGCUGAGUGUAUCUGGAAGGUGUCUUUACCUUUCAAAACCCUAACUGUAUUCCAGAAUCAAUUAUUUAUAUAAAUCGGCAUUAAAAUUUCAGUUCAGGUAAUUAAUUUCCCUGAUGUGUUGGAUGUUGUUUGGCAGAAGAGAAGAGCUGAGGAAUAAAGUUCAAUAAAGUUAUAUUAGUAUGUUUUCUAAAAAGUUAAAUGAUUAAAACUGAAUUAUUAUACAAUUAUUGGUUUUAAAAUUUUUGAAAACUAUGAGACAUGCUUGGUUAUGCUUUCCUCUUGAAAUUUAAAACAGGAAGCUGUGAGCUAGUAAUAUAGUCAUUUAGUUGCUGAGGGUGAUCAGCCUAGCAUCUGUAUAUUUUGUGACAUUACCUUAGCCUACAUGACAUGAACCGUAUGUGUUAAGUGCAAUCAUAUACAUUAUUAUUCAUACCAUUAAUAGAUUUACAGAAGUGAUCCCCAUCAGUGUAGAUACUGUAGUUAUAGCAAAAUAAAAAAGUAUAAGGUUGAGACAAACUGAUUUUAAUUUAAAUUUAAAAAAUCAAUAAUUACUUUCUAGAUAUGCAAUAAGUUUUGUAAUUUGUGUCAUUAUAAAUUAAAAUGCACUAGCAACUGUUACAGAAAUCCUGGGGCUGUAGCCAAGGCUUGGGUAAAGGGCACUGCAGAUUCUAUGCUGCUAUACUAAGACAGCACAUGGAUUUACAAUAGUUAAAUGUAGUUGGAUAUGUAAUUUAAUUACCUUGCCAAAUGAUAUGUGGUAUUUAAAAAAAAACCCUCUCUUUUCUUAAAACUAUGCCACCGAGUACAGAAGCUUUCCAUGUAUCCACACAUUACUGGAAGUACUUUAGU